AUGAGCAUCGAUGCCUUUUUGGCCCUACAAUAUGAGAAUGUGGCGGAAACCCUCCCAGACAGGUUCGUGCGGAGGGGAAGAGCUGCAAAAAAGGAUGAUGCUGAUUUCGAUAUAGUAAGUGAUGUAGAUGAUGCAGAACUGGUGACAUGGCUUGAGAAACCUGGUUUGGGAACAGCACUGCAGUACUCGACUUUCCUGCGCGUCUUCAAGGCACGCUGGUCAGACGUGCUGAAAUUUAGAGAGAAGAACUUGUGUUUUCGAGAUGCGAGUUCUGCUUCCACCAAUCCCAACAAAUUUCAGACCGGUCAGCUUCAUUGGAAGAGAGUUGCACAGGCCAAGCCUCCGUUGCACCCCAGCGUCCUAUCUGCUUUGGCGCCUGCUAUGCCCUUGCGGGCUGUCUUUGGUGUGCCGCAAUCUUCCAACAAGGAAGAAGGGGCCAAGGACGAGGACUUGACGCCAACUCCUGUGACGGCCAAAAAAACAUGUACCACCUUCGAGAAAUGGUUGAAGAAACAGGAUGGUGACGUUUCCUUGCUGAGGGACAUGCAUACGUACAUGUGUAGCUUUGAAGAGUCGGAAUCCAGCGCCCACCCGUGUGAUGCAGUGCCCCACGUCUUGGAUUGCGCCAAUGAUGAGUCAAAGGCAUUGCGCACAAAGGAGAUGGCGGGCUGGUUUCGCGAGUAUGUGGAGAAACGGGGGAAACCGGUUCUUUUCAAGGCCUUGGAUCCCAGCAUGGCCGAUGACACCGUCAAGCUGCCCAUUACUGCCCUCAAGUUUGCCAUGCCACCAGAUGGCAUGCCGUGCUUGCGUGAUUGGACUACUUGUUGGGAAUCUAUGAUCACUGGCGGCAUUGAUCUGGGUAAAGUUGAUUUCAGCGGAGUUCCUGCAGGUACGAAGAUGACCCUGACAGAAAGCAGUAUCACCGUGGUCAAAGGAUUCACGAAGGCAUCGGUGAUUGCCUUUGUCUUAUUGGCAUUGACUGAAAUGGACAUCACCCGGGCAGUUGUCAAUGCCUUUAAUUCGAAGGAUGGGGUUUUGGCCAAAUGGGCCGUGGAUGAGGAACGCGAGAAAGCGAUCCUGAACGUUUUGGUGGGGACAACAGCCACCACCCGCCAUCUGAUUUCCACACAUUUGUCGUUUAACAAGUGGAAAGAAAGCAGUUUCACCUCUGAUCUUUUGAAGAGUUCACGGUGGUUGCUUGGGGCUGUGCCCAAGCAUUGCAAGCCACCAUUCAGAAGGCUCUUGGCGGUGACCCCUUCUGGGCAGGAGAACUUCCUACGCAAUCAUGUGGCCAAGUUUGCGCAUGAUACACGCAAAGUCCGUGCAUCAACCAAACCCAAGUUUCGCCCAAGUGUUCAGGAGUGGGACCGGGUUGUCAACUACACGCAAAUCAUGGAGGCAGUGAAAGCAGAGGUCACCGAUUACUUCAAGGACGACGAGAAAAAGGCAGCUGAGGUGAAUGCACGCGUUCACGAAGCCUUCAUGUCAAGGGACUACAUGGCUGAAAUCCUUGCAUGUGUUGAAAGCUCCCUUCCCAAUUGGAGUGUGCGACACUUGAGCCUGUGGAAUGAGAUGAUUGCCCCGGAACUUGUGGAAGAGAUCAACCAGGUGGACCUAGAAUCUGUGGAGGAGGCCACAGCCAUUGCCCUCUACCAAGAAGUACGUUCCAAAGUGUCGCUUGAUGAAGUUGCUUGGGCACGGUACCGUCACCAGUUGACGAAGAAAGCUGCACGAGACCAUGUGGUUCAAGUUCAGCACGCGAAGUCACAGAACACAAUUGGUUUGGGGAUUGUGGAGAAGUACAUGGAUACGCAUUGCAACCUGAACUUCAUGAAGGACAUCAGCACGAUGCCUAACAUUGACGCGUGGAUGAAGUCAGCGGCAGCUGAAUUGAAGGUCAAACAAGACCAGCUGUUUGUGGUGGUGAUCACUGACUUCACGAAGCAUGGAACCCUCACUACAACCGCGCUCAAUCGGCACGUUAGCUUGAUGUCAAAGUGCUUGGCCAAGAACCCAAAGAGCUCUGCGGGAUUGCUCAUCGCUCCACUGUUGGCAGGGACUGCUGGCGGAGGCUCAUUGAGGCUGAUCGAGAACAAGUUGGAAGAGUACAAGCUGGGGGUGAGAGACAUCCGAAUUCCAGUUGACAUGAGCGGGAUCCACCGAAACAGCGAGCGUCCUGCAUACUAUUCCGGAUGGGUUGCUGUGCCGGACGUGUACCUGCCAGCAAAGGGAACGGCCUACAGGGCAAACAAACACGAUGACCAGUCGAUCAAGGCCGCAGAUGUGAGUGAGAUUUGUGGAUCAGAUCUCUGGCGCCUGCAAGGCAUUCCCUUUGACCAGAUCCCUUCAGCAUUGCCGGAGCAAGACUUCAAGGUCCCCUCCGCGAAGGCUCAUUUGGGUUGCCAAGAUGGACGCAAAAAUCUCACGGACGUUCAGGAGACGGCCCAAUGGGUUGCUGGAGAAAGUGUGGCAACCAGCAUGUUGAAGUCAUUGCUGGGUGACAAUCUCAAGAGAGCGGCGGUGCUGCACACAACAACCUAUUGUGGAAGUGUUGAGCUUGCCUGCAUCAAGUUGAAGGUGCCGGUGCUGUCAGUGAGCGAGAAUCCUGUGAAUCAUGGCUUCACUCUGCUUACGGUUUCCCAAUCCCUUCUGGAGGAGUGGAAGCUAGGCAUCGGUGGCAUUGGCAAGUGUUUGCCAAAGUAUCAGAAGGAUGCUGUGGACAACAUGCCCAUUGAAGCCACGCAACCUGAACUUUUGCUUUGUGAGAUCCAGGACUCCAAACUCCAGAUUCCUCUGACAAUCCGUCAGCAGUACUUGAAUGAUCCGAUUCGAUGUCCGGAAUGGAGAGCAGUGUUGAAGGAGUUUGACAGGAAAUGGACCACGGAGGUCAAUCCAACUGAUCUUGAAGCUGGAGAACGAGAUCAACCAGGUUCCGACGAAACCUUUUCAUGGCAGACGGUUUACCCUGAUGAGCCGUGCACGAAGUCCGAGAUGGAAACCAAGUAUGGCACAUCAGCUACAAGUUUUGCAAUCAAUGAUCACCUCGCUGGGCACAUUGUGGAAGGGCCUCGCCUCUUUGUGGUGUCUUCCGGGGAAGGUGAGUUUGGGACGGAGCAGCCUGUGAUUUGUUUUGGAGCUGGAGUGUGGUUGUUGGAGAACAAAGCUGAGCAAUUCCUUCAGGAGAAUCCAGACAAGGGCUACAAGUUCGAGAUUUCAAGCGACUCUGCUACGGUGGUGCUGGUGGACAGUGAUGGAAAUGACACUGCUCCUUGCACAAUCAGGGCAGCCAUUCACUCUGUGGAGCAAGCCGGCACGGUGGACUUUGAGCUGGCUGGGCAUUCAUGCAACAGGCCGCCAGAAGUUUGCCAAGGAUCGGAAGAGGAAGACAGGUUCGAGAUUGCUGUGAAGGACGCAAUGGUUUGGAAGCCAUCCGCAGUUCAACUCCGAAAUGUCAAGUCCAAGAACUGUGCCUCUUAUUUUGAUGCCAAACAGAUCCGAGAGUCCGAGGCUGUUCAGCAGGCUAGGCUAAGCUUGCACUUGGCAAUGGCCAGUGCAAAAAACAUCAAGAAGAGCAUCGAAGACAAGGAGCGCAAGGACAAGAUCGAGGCCCACAAGACCAAGAAGACCAACAAGACCAUCGACGACAACGAGCGCAAGGACAAGAUCAAGGCCCACAAGACCAACAAGACCAUCGACGACAAGCAGCGCAAGGACAAGAUCGAGGCCCACAAGUCCGAGAAGACCAUCGACGACAAGCAGCGCAAGGACAAGAUCGAGGCCCACAAGUCCGAGAAGACCAUCGACGACAAGCAGCGCAAGGACAAGAUCAAGGCCCACAAGACCGAGAAGACCAUCGACGACAAGCAGCGCAAGGACAAGAUCGAGGCCCACAAGACCGAGAAGACCAUGGACGGCGAGGAGCACAAGAACAAGAUCGAGGCCCACAAGACCGAGAAGACCGACGACACCAUGGAUUGCAACCUGCCUGACACGCUGUCGCCCGGAAGCCCUUGGGAGAGGGAUACCGCUGAGGACAAGAAACGGUGGAAAGAAAUUUCCAAGGAACUUCAAGGCAAACCUUUGGGUCCAACUCCACGCCUUUGGGACAACGACAUUGGGGACAAGGAGAAGCCUGAAAUGCCUGACUCACAGGAGACCCUGCGCCUGGAUGAUUUCGCAGAAGAAGGAACCACCAACACACAGGAGCCCAUACCACCAAAAGCUCCUGCAGUGAAGGGCAGAGCCAAAUCCAAGGCCUGUGCAAAGGCUAAGGCCAAACGCAAUGCCUCUGCCAAGGCCAAACUCCUGAGAAGGAAACAGACUCCAGAGGAAAAGAAACGGGUCCACAGGAUUGCCAGUGACAGAUGGCAUGAGAAAUGGCUUAGCAAGGGGGUGCCAAGAUCAGAGGCAUCAAACGGCAGCAGCAAGACUGAGGGCAAAGUCAAGAAAUCCGAGAAGCAGGUGGACAAGACGAAGAAUGACGCGGCGAGCAAGGCCAGCAAGGCUGAGAUCAAGGACCAAGAAGUGCAGGACACCGAGAUGAGCAAGGGCACCAAGCGCAGAAAGGACAGCAGUACCUCAGCUCCUCCUCAGCCAGCAGCCAAGAAGACGAAGAACAGCGAGACCGGCGAGUCCACCAUCCCAAAGGAGAUCAUGGAUGCCUUUGGCAAGGACCGAAUGCCUGCCCUUCCUACCAAUGAUCUUCGCAAGACCAAGGCUGCCUAUGUUCAGGAGGCUUUGAAAACCAUGAAUGAGGCCACUGAUGGCAGUGAGUUGCUUAGCUCUGGUGAUAAGUACAAGAAAGCCUUGGAGAUGUGGAUGGAGCUUCUGGUGGUGGUGGCGGCGGCUGCCGCCAGCAGCGAGUGGAGCGACGCGGACAGCUCCGUGGUGCUGCAGAUGUCCGAGGCACAGCUGCUGCAAAAGCUGUGCCCGCAGCGGGAGAGCAGCCCCAGUUUUCGUGCUUCUGCGCCCUAUUGGCCGCAGAUCAUUUCGCAGCAGAUGGGCCCGUGGCCGCUUAAAGGCCCUGGCACUGUUCUCUUUGAGCCCAAUCGCCUCUUGGAUGUGGCGAAGGAGCUGCGGAACGGCACAGGACCCGUGGUGAUUCCCGGUGGCGCGCAAGAAUUGCAGCUGCCCACGAGCGAUGUGGUGGAUCUGCUGUUCCCCUGCCUAAUGGGUUCCUCCUUGGCAGACGUCUUCGGCGAAGACUCGCAGGGCCAGCUGACCUACCAGGAGCUGCUUGAGAGCUGCCCCGGUCUGGGCGACGUCGGAGCAGCAGAUCUCAGCCGCGUUGAGCGGCUGACGGAUGGCAGAGUGGUGACCUUUGAACAGAAGCCAUUCAACAUGGAAUGCAUGUCCCGCCGAUGGUCGCGCGGCGCGGUGAUUCGAAAGCUUGGGAAGAACGGGGUCGCUGAGACCGCGGGGUGCAAGGCCGGUGACAUCAUCGUGACCAUCAACGGCGAGGCGGUGCUGAACGCCACCCUGGCGGACGUGGAGGAGCGGUUGGAGCAACUUCCAGCGCAGUUGGAGGUGGGGCAACCAGUCCUGCAGGAGCCCUUGUACCUCCGGGAGGCCACCACCGACCUCCUGACCAGCCUGGCAGAUGUGGAGGCAACGGAGGCAGUAGAAGAGCUGUUGCCCAGGGUCUCCCAGUUAAUGGAGGGUCAGGCGUCAAUGAGUGAUAAACUUCCACAGGUGUUUGCCGGCGACGGCGGUUCUGCAUCUCAUGUGCACGUGGAUUCCACACCCAUGGUGCAGAUGUGCCACGUGGUGCACGGUGUGAAGAUCUUUGGCGUUGACAGCAGCGCUGGGGCGUCGGGUGACUUGAAACCCUGGGUCACACGAUGGGGUUCUCCAGCUUCAACCGAAGCGGAGGUGGCGCUACCUGUUGACGUGGACUUGGAUCAGGAAUAUGCUGCCUGGUUGGCCAGCCGCGAGACCAGCAUUGCCAUGUGCCGUGCGGGAGAUGUGAUGCUCUUCUGGGGAGGCAACCCACACUUUGGCUCGAAUGGCAUGGGCGCGGGUCCCUGUGUGGCACUCUUCCAUGGCUUUGAGCUACGCCAGAACGUGGAGAAAGGCGCUGUGGAGGGCUUCAAGCGCUGUAGCAUCUACGCCAUGGACUGGACAGGUGACAAGCUGCUGGUGGCUGCCAAGGAUGGUCCUGGCAUUCGAUUGCAAGAUGUGGAGAGAGGAGUGGAAGAGAGAACUUGGUCCGGGGAGUGGAUGAGCAUCCGCACGGACCCCAACAAUCCCUUCGUGGCCGCCGCGGUGGCGUGGAAUGGCAAGUUCAAACUCUUCGAUACCAGACAAGCAAGUCAGUCUGUGUUCGAUGUUGACUUGAAGAAGACAUCGCCAUCGAUGAGGGACUUCCUGUACCUCUGUUGGUCGCCAGAUUCGAAGAAUAUCGCCCUCAGCAACCGCAAUGACCAGAUCUACCUCUUAGGGCUGAAGAAGGGAGAGAGCAACUGCCUUCGCUUAGGUUCCUCCAAGAACAUGAACAUGGAGGUGAACCAGAUGGUUUACAGCCCCAGCGGCGACAGCCUUUGGGUGGCCACAGGUGGCAACCCAGGGAAGUUGCACAUCUUUCCCUCCGACAGCUUGCAGAAGCCGGAGCGAAGUGUUACGGCCCACAAUUGGACUGCCAUCUCUUUGGCCUGCGACCCGACAGGGAGAUACAUCUGCAGCGGCGGGGCCGACGGCCUCAUUACCGUUUGGGAUCCCCAUCAGUUGCAGUGCAUGAGAUGUUUCCUGCACCCAGGGCAGGUCAUUGACAAAUUGGACUUCAACUACCAGGGCACGUUGAUCGCUUGGGGGACCGGAGCAGGUGAAAGGAGCCUCAAUUUAAUGGGGUCCAACACCGCGAUCCCGUACCACCAAGAUUUGACCCCGGCCACCGUGACGCAUUUGAGGUGGCAUGGAAGCAAAAAUGUCCUUGCCUACAGCUUGAAUGCCAGUCAAAUGUCUGAAGAUCGACCACAUCGUGACCGCCGUGGCUACAACAAGGAUACCCCCAUCAUCCAGCUGUUAAAGCUCCCUGACGAUCUUUGACGCCGCGGAAGAACGGACGAUCGCCGGUUAAAA